ACUGAUUCAUGGAGCAAAAGUGAUUUCACAUAUAGUCACGUGCCACGUGACGAUAUUGUGGUCAACGAUGGACCGCAUAUACGAGGGUGGUCCCAUAGAUUAUAAUGGAGCUGCAAGAUUCCUAUCACCUAGUGACGGCGUAGCACAACACAUUCCUCACGUGUUUGUGGUGAUGCUGGUGUGAACAAGCAUACUGCACUGCCAGUUGUAUAACAGUAUAGCACAUACAAUUAUGUACAGUACACAAUACUUGAUAAUAAAUGGCUCUUACUGGUUUAUGUAUUUACUGUAUUACACCUUUCAUCAUUAUUUUAGAGUGUACUCUUUAUACUUAUAAAAAAAAAAGUUUACUGUAAAACAGUAUGCCGUGUUAUGCCAGCAGCAGCCUCAUACAUCUCAUGUUACCACAUCUCUUGAUUCCACCAUUUUCUCUUGUGCUUGAUUUAAUCUUGUGUUUGGUUCAACAUGCCCCCUAAGGCUGCAAAAUCCACUGCUAAUGUCAGUAAGAGGCCAUGUCAAGUGAUUGACCUGGAAACAAAAUUAAAAGUGAUUAGGGACUAUGAAGGUGAAAAAUCGGUGAUGGUUAUUACCAGUCAGGCGUGUCCCAUUCCACCAUAGCUACGAUCUUGAAGAACAAGAACAAAGUGACAGACGCUGUUAAAGGAUCUGCUUCAUUGAAGGCCACAAGACUAACAAAAAUUCGAGAAAGGCCUUUAUUAGACAUGGAGAAACUUCUAAUGACCUGGAUUGAAGACCAGACACAGAAGUGUAUCCCUCUCGGCACCAUGAUUACAGCCAAAGCGAAAAGUUUGUUUGCGAUCUUGAAAGCAAAGGCUGGACUGGAUUAUGAUGUAGAAUUUACUGAAAGCUCUGGGUGGUUUAAACGAUUCAAGAAUCGUUAUUCAUACAUAAUGUGAACGUGAGUGGUGAGUCUGCAAGUGCUGAUGUGAAGGCAGCUGAAGAAUUUUUGGAAACUCUAGAUAAGCUGAUUAUGGAGGAAAAUUACUUGCCAGAGCAAAUAUUCAGCAUGGAUGAAACCUCCCUAUUCUGGAAACGGAUGCCUCAAAGGACUUCCACCCAUCAGGAGGCCAAGUCAAUGCCAGGUUUCAAGGCUUUUGAGGACAGGAUAACAGUCUCGCUUGGGGCAAUGUUGCAGGCUACGAAUUGGAACCUUUGUGAUCUGGCACAGUGAGAACCCCAGGGCCUUCAAACAUACCAGUAAGCACACGCUGCCAGUGCACUACAGGAGCAAUGAGAAGACAUGGAUGACCCAGCUCCUCUUCCAAGAUGCCUCCUGAAUUGCUAUGCCAGCAAAAUGGAGAAGAACUGUUUGGAGAAUAGCAUACCUUCCAAGAGUUUGCUUAUUGUUGAUAAUGCUCCCGGACAUCCUCCUUUAUUGGUGAUCCUCAUCCUAAUGUCAAAGCAGUGUUUCUCCCUCCAAACACCAUCUCUUUGAUCCAACCAAUGGAUCAAGGAGUUAUAGCAGCUUUUAAGGCAUAUUACCUGAGGAGGACCUUUGCACAGGCUAUCGCUGCUACUGAGGAAGACACUGAGAAGACAUGGAUGCAAUUCUGGAAAGAUUACAACAUCUACGACUGCAUCAAGAACCUUGCUUGGGCUUGAGGUGAUGUCCCCAAGGAGUGUAUGAAUGGCAUCUGGAAGAAGACACUCAAGAAAUUCGUCCAUGACUUCAAAGGAUUUGCCAAGGAUGAGGAGGUUGCAAAAAUCAACAGGGCUGUGGUUGAGAUGGCAAAUAACUUUAACCUGGGUGUGGAUGAGGAUGACAUUGAGGAGCUCCUAGAGGUGGUUCCUGAGGAAUUGACUAGUGAGGAGUUGUUGCACCUGGAACAGGAACACAGCUGAAGAAGAGGCAAGAGAAAAGGAAACUGCAAGAGAAGAAAAAGAACCCCCAAAAAAAUUCACAGUGAAAGGUUUAGCAGAAGCUUUUGCAGACCCCUACAAGCUCCUUAAAAAGUUUGAAAACAUGGACCCCAACACAGAAAGGUUUUCAUUGAUAGAGAGGAAUGUUCACAGCGCAUUAUCUGCCUACAAGCAAAUCUAUGAUGAAAAAAAGAAAGAAACCAAGCAAACCACAAUGGACAUACUUCUGAAAAGAGUGACACCUCCUCAUGAAGAGCCUCAGGCAGGUCCUUCAGGAGGUGCUCCAGAAGAAGGCACUGUUACAGGAGAUGACAGCUCCAUCCAUACUAUUGCCCCUGAAGACCUUCCAGUGGGACCACACAUGGAGGUGGAAGACAGAAAUACUGAUGAUCCUGACCCUGUGUAGGCCUUGGCUAUUAUGUGUGUGUUUGUGUCUCAGUUUUUAAGAAAAUUUUAAAAAAAGAAAAAACCUUAUAGAAUAAGGAUAUAAAGAAAAAAAUAUUUUUGUAUAGCUGUACAAUGUGUUUGUGUUUUAAGCUAAGUGUUAUUAUAAAAGAGUCAUGUUCAAAAAAAUUUUAAAGUUUGUUACAGAAAGCUAAGGUUAAUUUAUUGAAGGAAAAAUAUUUUUAUAAAUUUAGUGUAGCCUAAGUGUACAGUGUUAUAAAGUCUACGGCAGUGUCCAGCAGUGUCCUCGGCCCUCACACUCACUCACUCACUCACCAGAGCAGCUUCCAGUCCUGCGAGCUCCCUUCAUGGACUAUCGGACAAAACCUUUUUGCUGCAGUGCUUGUCCAUUUUCUUCAAAAUUCUUCUCUGCCUACAAAAGUCAUUUCCGGAAUGUCCAUAGUGAAGACUUUGAAAAUAGGAUUCUCCUUAAUUGCCCCUACUGUACCUUCAAUGCAGAUAAAAAGACUUUGGAAACACACAUUAAAAUAUUUCAUGCUCCAAACGCCAGCACACCAAGUAGCAGCCUCAGCACUUUCAAAGAUAAAAGCAAAAGUGAUGGCCUUAAACCUAAGCAGGCUGACAGUGUAGAGCAAGCUGUUUAUUACUGUAAGAAGUGCACUUACCGAGAUCCUCUGUAUGAAAUAGUUAGAAAGCACAUUUACAGGGAACAUUUUCAGCAUGUGGCAGCACCUUACAUAGCAAAGGCAGGUGAAAAAUCACUCAACGGUGCAGUCCCCUUAGGCUCAAAUGCCCGGGAAGAGAGUAGUAUUCACUGCAAGCGAUGCCUUUUCAUGCCCAAGUCCUACGAAGCUUUGGUACAGCACGUCAUCGAAGACCACGAACGCAUAGGCUAUCAGGUCACGGCCAUGAUUGGGCACACAAAUGUGGUGGUUCCCCGAUCCAAACCCUUGAUGCUGAUUGCUCCCAAACCUCAAGAGAAGAAGGGCAUGGGACUCCAGUCAAGAAUUGGUUCCCUUGCUUCUGGAAACGUCCGGUCUUUGCCAUCACAGCAGAUGGUGAAUCGACUCUCAAUACCAAAGCCUAACUUAAACUCAACGGGAGUCAACAUGAUGUCCACUGUUCACCUACAGCAGAAUAACUAUGGAGUCAAAUCUGUAGGCCAAGGCUAUGGCGUUGGUCAGUCAAUGAGACUGGGUCUAAGUGGCAACGCACCAGUUUCCAUCCCUCAGCAGUCUCAGUCUGUGAAGCAGUUAAUUCCAAGUGGAAAUGGAAGAUCUUAUGGGCUUGGGUCAGAGCAGAGGUCCCAGGCACCAGCAAGAUACUCGCUGCAGUCUGCUAAUGCCUCUUCUCUCUCCUCAGGCCAGUUAAAGUCUCCUUCCCUCUCGCAAUCACAGGCAUCCAGAGUAUUAGGGCAGUCCAGUUCCAAACCAACUGCAGCUGCCACGGGCCCUCCCCCAGCCAAUACUUCCUCAACUCAAAAGUGGAAAAUAUGUACAAUCUGUAAUGAGCUUUUUCCUGAAAAUGUCUAUAGUGUGCACUUCGAAAAAGAACAUAAAGCUGAGAAAGUCCCAGCAGUAGCCAACUACAUUAUGAAAAUACACAAUUUUACUAGCAAAUGUCUCUACUGUAAUCGCUAUUUGCCCACAGAUACCCUGCUCAACCAUAUGUUAAUUCAUGGUCUGUCGUGUCCAUACUGCCGUUCAACUUUCAAUGAUGUGGAAAAGAUGGCGGCACACAUGCGGAUGGUUCACGUUGAUGAAGAGAUGGGACCUAAAACAGAUUCUACUUUGAGCUUUGAUUUGACAUUGCAGCAGGGUAGUCACACUAACAUCCAUCUCCUUGUAACCACAUACAACUUGAGAGAUGCCCCAGCUGAGUCUGUUGCUUACCAUGCCCAAAAUAACCCUCCAGUCCCUCCAAAGCCACAGCCAAAAGUUCAGGAAAAGGCAGAUAUCCCUGUUAAAAGUUCACCUCAAGCUGCAGUGCCCUAUAAAAAAGAUGUUGGGAAAACCCUUUGCCCUCUUUGCUUUUCAAUCCUAAAAGGACCCAUAUCUGAUGCACUUGCACAUCACUUACGAGAGCGGCACCAAGUCAUUCAGACGGUUCAUCCAGUGGAGAAAAAGCUCACCUACAAGUGUAUCCAUUGUCUUGGUGUGUAUACCAGCAACAUGACCGCCUCAACUAUUACUCUGCAUCUGGUUCACUGCAGGGGUGUUGGAAAGACCCAGAACGGCCAGGAUAAGACAAAUGCACCCUCUCGGCUUAAUCAGUCACCAGGCCUGGCACCUGUGAAGCGCACUUAUGAGCAAAUGGAAUUUCCCUUGCUGAAAAAGCGAAAGUUAGAUGACGAUAGCGAUUCACCCAGCUGUUUUGAAGAGAAGCCAGAGGAGCCUGUUGUUUUAGCUUUAGACCCCAAGGGUCACGAAGACGAUUCCUAUGAAGCCCGGAAAAGCUUCCUGACAAAGUAUUUCAACAAACAGCCCUAUCCCACCAGGAGAGAAAUUGAGAAGCUGGCAGCCAGUUUAUGGUUAUGGAAGAGUGACAUUGCUUCCCAUUUUAGUAAUAAGAGGAAGAAAUGUGUCCGAGACUGUGAAAAGUACAAGCCUGGUGUGUUACUGGGCUUCAACAUGAAAGAAUUAAACAAAGUUAAGCAUGAGAUGGAUUUUGAUGCUGAGUGGCUAUUUGAAAAUCAUGAUGAGAAAGAUUCCAGAGUCAAUGCUAGUAAAACUGCUGACAAAAAGCUCAACCUUGGGAAGGAAGAUGACAGUUCCUCAGACAGUUUUGAACAUUUGGAAGAAGAAUCCAAUGGAAGUGGUAGCCCUUUUGACCCUGUUUUCGAAGUUGAGCCUAAAAUCCCUAAUGAUAACCCUGAGGAACACAUACCGAAGGUAAUUUCUGAGGAUGCUUUAGAACCUGAGGAGAAGCUAGACCAAAAAGAGGAGGAUGGUUCAAAAUAUGAAACGAUUCAUUUGACUGAGGAACCAACCAAACUAAUGCAUGAUGCUUCUGAUAGUGAGGUUGACCAAGAUGAUGUUGUUGAAUGGAAAGAUGGUGCUUCUCCAUCUGAGAGUGGCCCUGGUUCCCAACAAGUGUCAGACUUUGAGGACAACACGUGUGAAAUGAAACCAGGAACCUGGUCCGAUGAAUCUUCCCAGAGUGAAGGUGCAAGGAGCAGUAAGCCAGCUGCCAAAAAAACGGCUACCGUGCAAGGUGACAGAGAGCAGUUGACAUGGAAGAAUAGUUCCUAUGGAAAAGUUGAAGGGUUUUGGUCCAAGGACCAGUCACAGUGGAAGAAUGCAUCUGAAGAUGAUGAGCGCUUAUCCACCCCACAGAUUGAGUGGCGGAGUAGCACAAUUGACAGUGAGGACGGGGAGCAGUUUGACAACAUGACUGAUGGGGUAGCUGAGCCGAUGCAUGGCAGCUUAACUGGAGUUAAACUGAGCAGCCAGCAGGCAUAAGUGCCAGGUUCUCUGGCGCCGGUGACGUGCUGCAGCCUGGAACUCUGUUCUUCUUUCAGGAUGACUGCAAAGUUGUAUUCUGACUGGUACUGCCUUUUGAGUGCUGGCUCAUCAGGCUGUGGGGACAUGUGCCACUGCAAUCCCAGUGGCUAUUUCUAAGUCUGUGACACAUGGUUGGCUGAUCUUGAUUCAGGACUUGCUGUGACAGACACAGUAACUUAAUGUGAAAAACCAAUAAGCUGGUGGCUCACGAACGCACAUGAGGAAAAGCAGAGGUUUAUUUUAUCUGCCUUCUCAACGUUUCUUUCCCUCUGUAAAAUUUUGGUUGGAUGUCUUUGAGAAGCGUUAUUCUGAUUCACAUGGUAGUGUAGGGCCAACAUACAAGCUACCAGUCCAAUGUGUAUAGUAGACUUGGGGGAAAAUCCUUUUUUUUCAUGUAUUCAUUCUGAAUAGUUGAAAUGUAUAUUUGUACAGCCUUUUAGACCUAUUCAAGUGAUGCUUAUGAUAUUGUUAUUGUGUACCCAUCAUAGAUUUCUUUUUUUAGUGUUGCCCUUGCUGUGUAAUAAACGCUAUAUCUAGGUUACCUAGCAAAAGCUUGAAACUGCGCUAGUAUGGACUUUUGGACAGACUUAGUUUUUGCACAUAACCUUGUACAAUCUUGCAACAGAGGCCAGCCACGUAAGAUAUAUAUCUGGACUCUCUUGUAUUAUAGAAUUUUUCUUGUUCUGAAUAUCCUUGACAUUACAGCUGACAAAAACAAAAACUGGUAUUUCAGAUCUGUUUUCUGGAAUCUUUUAAGCUAAAAUCACAUGCAACAAUUGACUUUGCAGCUACUAAUUUUGACACCUUUUAGAUCUGUAUGAAAGUGUUGUGUUGAGGCAGCAAACUGAGGAGUGCUGCAUUUUGGAUAUUUAGUUUUAUCUUUAGUUAAACACCACCCUGGUGUAUUCAUUUAUACCAUCUAAUAUAUGACACACUGUUGUAGUAUGUAUAAUUUUGUGAUCUUUAUUUCCCUUUGUAUUCAUUUUAAGCAUCUAAAUAAAUUGCUGUAUUGUGCUUAAUGUAAAUAUUUGCUUUAUUACACAUUACAGUCUUAUGUGUCCAUUAUGUCUUGUGCCAGUUGAUGCCAUGGCUCUCUGUCAUCAGAGGGAGAAGCCACAGCCACUGAGGAAACUUGUGGAAGACCAAGAUCUGCCAUUGGCAUAAAGAAUGCUCUCUUUCGAGGCACCUGUUACAGAUUCUUUUGGUUCUGUUUUGUUUUGUCUUUUUCCUUUUUAACUGCUAAAAUAAACAUCCUUGAGUUUU